AUGUCACAGCUCACUCCAAACACCAUACCCAUUCGAACUUUUGAAGAUCAUAAGGGGCACAUAACCGUAGUUGCAGUGUUCCCUGACAAACGACGAAUGAUUAGUACGGGUUCGGACGACAAGACACUUCGUCUUUGGGACUUGGAGACAGGUGUUGUGUUGAAGAAGAUGGAAGGCCAUAGCAGGGAGGUGUGGGCAUUGGCGAUAUCGCGAGAUGGUAAAAUGAUAGUAAGUGGUGAUAGAAAUGGACAAGUCAUCGCCUGGCACGGUGAAACUGGCGAAUCCAUCACCCAACCCAUCAAAGCCCACUUCAACGUUGUCAAAUCGGUGGAUUUUUGUCCGGAUGGUACAGUGCUGGCCACUGCGGGUGGUUCAUAUGACUGCGGCACGGUGAAGUUUUGGAGUACGAAAACGUGGCAGAUGCAAGGAGAUCCAAUCGAGUGGGGCACUUUUGUCGAGUGCGUUCGAUAUUCGCCUUCUGGUGAACUUCUUGCCAUCGCAACAACCGUCGACGACCAUAUCCACAUUUAUAAUCCAGACACAAAAGAACGUGUCGCAUAUUUGGCAGGUCACGAAGCAUGGUGGACGCCUGAUGGCACACGCCUUCUUGUAGGAAAUAGGAAUGACAUAUUGGAGUGGGACACAUCAACCUGGCAGCAGGUCGGUAGUCCAUGGAAAGGCCACACUAACGAGAUCAAAGCCAUUGCCAUUCAUCCCACUGGCACCCUCGUCGCUUCUGCAUCUAAUGAUGAGCAUGUCCGUAUCUGGCGGCUCUUGGAUCAACGAACCGUCGCCAUCUUCCAGCAUUCCUACGCGAAAUGUGUCACGUUCUCUAUGGAUGGCAAGCACAUCCUCAGUGGAGGUCUCUUGGAUCGGAAAAUUUUAGAGUGGACAAUCAUUGCUAUUACAACAGCCUGCGAUGCAUGUCUAACUGGGGACUUGUCUAUCGCUGAAGAGCUCCUCACCCAAGAUAUUCACACCAACGCUGACGAUUUUACUUCAUAUGCCAAUCGUUCGUUCGUCAUGGCCCGGAAGCACGACUUGGACCACGCCCUUGAGGAUGCAAUCACGUCAAUCAACAUUCGGCCGUCAUUGAUAGGCUUCAUCUCGAAAGGUAUUGCCCUCUGCGGAAAAGGUCACGUCCGGGAAGCAAGGGUGGCAUUCGACGUUGCAUCGAUGUUCACGAACCAAGAUUCAGAAAUCAACCAAUUUCUUCUCUUGAUCAAGGCCAUCGCACUCUUCAACGCAGAUCAACAUGAGGAAGCAAUGCUACUCAUCCAAGACCUGGCUGCCGCUUGUCCGAAUGUUGAUCCUCUCCCGCGUCGUGUCGUAGAAAUAUAUCUACAUGUUCAGCUCGGGAUCAAAGCCUUGGAUGAUGCGCGUCACGACGAAGCUAUUGAUCACUUCACUGUCGCUGUCAACUCCACUGCUUUCUCAUCGAAAUAUAUUCAUUUGAUAUACGAGGACUUGGUCAUGCUCUUCGGCUGGGAUCUCGAGUCCUUGUUGCUUACGACACACCAGAAACGGUGCCAGGCUUUUCUUUCAGCAGGUAAACCCGAUGAAGCCCUCGAAGCACACAAAUACAUGAUGGAUGCCAUCGACGAGACUGUGAAGGCCAGCUGCCUCGAUUGGUCCAAUGGCGAGUUUUACGUGCUAUGUACUGCCAACGGAGAUUCUGCCCUCGCUACGAACGAUUAUGACAAGGCUAUCCACCUAUACUCGGCGAUAAUAAACUUGAACUCUGCAUCUGAUGUUGUCUUUGCAAAUCGUAGCAAGGCAAAAUUGGGCAAAAUGCUAUGGACGGAAGCACUUCUCGAUGCACAGAAGCUCAUUGAACUGGACUCUUUGUCUUAUCUUGGACACAACUUGAAGCACGCAGCGCUUCAUGGUGCGCAGCGCUAUGAUGAAGCGAUUGAGACCUUCCAAACGAUGCUCUCGAUAUUGGACAAUGUACCUGAUGUUCAGACACGAAAGUUGCGCCAGCAGUAUCUCAGACCUUCUGAAGUAGAACGCGCCGUUAGACGGGUCAUCGAUGCCCAACUCGACAACGCUCCGCUGCGUGUACUCGACACCACCACAGGUCUCUUAUGCGAUCGAGAGACGCAGAUAGACACCUUCAAAAUGAGCAUGCUGUAUAAGGAGCUUGUGUCAUCAACAAUCACGCAUGCAGACUUGCACAUCGAGCACAUCGAAGAAGUCGUGAAGAGAUACCUACAAUAUGCCAUGCUAUCACACAGGUGGGAAGGGAGGGAGCCGCUGCUGCAGGAUAUCCAGGGCAAGUGCGUGUACGACUCGGAGUUGGAUUCGAUUGGCGGCAUUACGAAGCUGCGGUCGUUCUGCAGAACUGCUCGUGAUGCGGGGUAUAACUGGGCAUGGAGCGAUACGUGCUGCAUCGACAAGAGCAACAAUGUCGAAGUCCAAGAAUCGGUCAACUCCAUGUUCGUAUGGUAUCAUCAUUCCGCGCUCACGAUUGUCUACCUGUCUGAUGUUCCGCCUUCGUCAAAGUCUGGCGGGCUGACAAAGAGCGCUUGGAACACGCGCGGAUGGACGUUUCAGGAAUUCAUCGCUCCCAAAGUCAUUCUCUUCUAUCAGAACAAUUGGACUCUUUAUCGUAAUGAUCAUACUCCAAACCACAAGGAUUCCGUCGAAAUCAUGCAGGAGAUAAAGGACGCAACGGGAAUAGGCCGACCAGCCGUUGCAGCCUUUCGUCCUAGUAUGAAUAGCGCCCGAGAAAAACUCCAUUGGGCGUCGACCCGCAUCACCACACGCCAGGAAGACAUCGCAUACUCUUUAUUUGGCAUCUUUGGCGUCCGUCUGCCUGUAGAUUAUGGCGAGAAGCAGGAUAAGGCUCUCGGGCGGCUCCUACAGGAGAUUGUGGCUCGGUCGGGGGAUAUCACUGGCCUCGAUUGGGUCGGAAGAUCAUCAGAGUUCAACAGCUGUCUACCAGCCUCCAUCACUUCAUACGAAGCUCCACCAUGCCAGCUACCACCCCUACCCGAAGAUGAAAUUCAGUCAUCAGUUUCUUCGCUGCGAAUAAUGGGGGUUGCUGAUUUCGCUUCAAACCUUUAUACUCGGCUUCAGAACACGAGCGCCCCUCGCUUCGCAGCACAAAGACUGCAUCUGCCUUGUAUUGCAUUCAAUGUCACGGAAGUCAGACGCCGGGUGGGCAAUCCAACCCCGGAAACUCAUUUCGCGUAUGGAGUAAAGGCAGACGGACUUCACGACUUGCUUAUCACCACCGGAGAGACCCUGGUUCAAUUCUGGCCGGCAAGGCCCACUGAACAAAAUUUUCUCCUCGUCCGUCCCUGGGAUCGGUCUCUUUUGGAGCUACCUGACUUUCCAGAAUUUCCAGAACCGUCUGACCAUGGAGAUGAUACGGAAAGCGAGGAGGACUAUGAGACGCCGCCUUCUUCUCCGUCAGACGACUGGUCUGGUGGUUCUCCUGUAAAACAGGGGAUGUCUGACCUAGAAUCACGAGCAUUGCGGUUGCUUGUUCGCCUUGGGCAGCCUUUCAGCGCAUUUUUGCUAGCGCAACAGCGCAGUGGAGAAUACAAGAGGAUCGCGACGGAUUAUGAUAUCAUUGGACAAGUCCAAGACGUGGUUUCUGUUGCAGACUCGAUGGACAUCAGGACCAUAGAGAUAUUGUAG